GCCGCGGGGGGCGCUGUGCGCCCGGCCACGCUCGCCUCACGGGGCACCGCCGGCGCAUCCCCCGGCCCGACACGCGCUCAGGAAGUCGGGCGGCCCCGCUCCUCCUCUUCUUCCUCCUCUUCUUCCUCCUCCUCCUCUUCUUUUCUCCUCCUCCUCCUCCUCCCCCGGCCACGCCCCGCGCCGCCCGCUCUCAGCCAAUCGCCGCGCCGCCUUUCGGCCCCGCCGCGCCUCCCGCCCCUCCGGGGAAGCGCCGGGGCUCCUGAUUGGCUGCGGGGCCGAGCGGCGCGGCGGGAGCGGCGGCGAGCGCGGGGCGCGCUCCCGGGAGCGCGGCGGGAGCGCGCCUGCGGGGGGCUGCACCUGCGGCCGCCGCGGGGCGGGGCGGGAGCGCGGAAAUGCCGGGGCAGCGCAGGUAACCCCGGGUGGAGGCAUCCUCCCCUCCGUGCCCGCCCCCAGCGCCGGGAGCCGCGCCUCCGCCCCGGGAUACCUCUCACCUGGAGGAUGGCACAGCCCGCGGCGCAGGAGGCGUGUGGCUGCGCCGCCGCCGCCGCACCGGGAGACGACGGCGAGGAGAUGAACGGCAGGAAGGUGGCUCUGAUCACCGGCAUCACCGGGCAGCAAGAGCACAGAGCUUUCCCAAGGACUCCUUUGGUGCUGUGUGAAAAGUCUUCCAGGUUGUUGGCAGAAGUACGUUUCUCUUCAUCAAAGAUAGAUGGAUCGUACUUGGCUGAGUUCCUGCUGGAAAAAGGCUACGAGGUGCAUGGCAUUGUUCGUCGGUCCAGUUCUUUUAAUACAGGCCGGAUCGAGCACCUCUAUAAGAACCCGCAGGCUCACAUUGAAGGAAACAUGAAGCUGCACUAUGGGGAUCUCACAGACAGCACCUGCCUGGUGAAGAUCAUUAAUGAAGUCAAACCCUCUGAGAUUUACAACCUGGGAGCUCAGAGCCACGUCAAGAUUUCUUUUGACCUAGCAGAAUACACUGCUGACGUUGAUGGGGUUGGCACUUUACGGCUCCUGGAUGCUAUUAAGACCUGUGGCCUUAUCAACUCUGUGAAGUUUUACCAAGCCUCCACCAGUGAACUUUUUGGAAAAGUGCAAGAAAUCCCGCAGAAGGAGACCACCCCUUUUUACCCAAGAUCGCCUUACGGGGCAGCAAAACUGUAUGCCUACUGGAUUGUGGUAAACUUCAGGGAAGCCUACAAUCUCUUUGCUGUGAACGGCAUCCUCUUCAAUCAUGAGAGCCCCAGAAGAGGGGCUAACUUUGUCACUCGGAAGAUUAGCCGGUCGGUAGCGAAGAUUCACCUCGGGCAGAUGGAUUGCUUCAGCCUGGGCAACCUGGAUGCUAAGAGGGACUGGGGCCAUGCCAGAGACUAUGUUGAGGCCAUGUGGCUGAUGUUGCAAACGGAUGAGCCUGAGGACUUUGUCAUAGCCACCGGGGAGGUCCACAGUGUCCGUGAAUUUGUGGAGAAGUCAUUUAAGCACAUUGGGAAAACCAUUGUGUGGGAAGGGAAGAAUGAAAAUGAAGUGGGACGGUGCAAAGAGACUGGCAAGAUUCAUGUGACAGUCAAUCACAAGUACUACAGGCCAACUGAAGUGGAUUUUCUGCAAGGAGACUCCACCAAAGCCAGGCAAAAGCUGAACUGGAAGCCGAGAGUCACGUUUGAUGAGCUGGUGAGGGAGAUGGUGGAUGCUGACGUGGAGCUCAUGAGGAACAAUCCCAAUGCCUGAGCCCUGGCUGGGCCCCGCAGGCAUCACAGGACCCACACCACAGAUGCAACCCAUGGCCAGCACAGCCAUAAGCCACCAGGGUGGGCAGCUGCCCCUCCCUGUGAUGGAUUUAUUGUUGGCCUGUCUGUGUGUAAAAGACCAGCUUUAUUCCUGCCUCCACCCUCUACAUCCUCCCAGUGCCUCUUGCCCCACACAUCCCAGGGUCAGCUCUGCCUGGGCUAAAUCUGUCUUCUGCCAUUAACUGGGGAAGGAUCAUACUGUACCUGAAAAAUUGAUCAGCCAGCAAACCCAUUGAUUUAAUUUUUAAUUGAGACUCAUCUUUCUAUUCUCUAGAUCUCCAGCACAUUUUUAGUACUUAAUCCCAUUUGAGAAACAAAGCAUUCCCUGCUCCUCACGCCUCCCCUUUCCACAUCAGCAGACCUUUGGUGCAGACAUGGGCUCACCAUGCCUCCAGAACUUGCUCCACAGCUUCCCCUUUCUGCCUUUCCUGAACACUCCCUGUUUUUCUUUCCUGUAGCCUUACCUCCACCCCAGCAGCCCAUUUCCAGCACCUGAACUCUGUAAAAGUUUGGAUAACUUGAUAUAACUUGCAGUGAAAUCGCCUUUUGACCAUGCUGAAUUAAUUCCUAAUUGCUGGAAUCGCUUUCAAACCAGUCAGGCUGGGGCUUGUAUAUGUUUUUCAGAUCUUCAUUUCAGAGUGUGCAUGAGUCACAGAAAGCCUUUUUGUCCAGCACCUUCUCAUUCUGGGGAGAUUUGGUUUUUGACUCCCCUCCCCAAAGAAUCAACCCAUUCCCUUUCCACCCUCUUCCUGCUUACUAUAAUUAAACCUCAGACAGGAGCGUGAACCAUUUCAAAAGAUGACUUAAGAAAUAAAAACAAAAUAAAUAAAAAAAAGCUUUAAAAAAAUAGAAACUUCAA